AUGAAACGAGUUCUAGUGCCCUUUGCUUUGACUCUCUCCCUGCCUCUCAUUUCAUCCUAUCAAAUAUAUCGGAAUCCACAACGAACAGAUGUUUUAACUGAAAAUUUUAUAAAACAAUUUAAUGAUCAAUCAGAACAAUUCAAUCACACACAAAUCGAGUCCAUUAAAAAUUUUAAUCAAAAUGAUAUUGAACGUAAGCAAGGUGGAGGUUCGGGACAUGCCAAUGUGUCUUUUGUGGUAUCUACAUCAUCUCCAAAUAAGAAACAAGAGUUAAAUAUUUCUUUUGGAGCCACUUUAACACACUUUAUUUGGAUGUAUAAUCAUGUAAAAAUUAAUUCAAAUGACAAUUCUGAAAUUAAGGAAAUUAAUGUGAAAAAUUUUAAGCCUUUUGAUGAUACUUUCCAUUCAUCGAAUGGAUAUUAUGCUCAUCAAUUAUGCUGCUUAAUUCCAGUUUUACAUUUCACUUGGAUUUUAGGAAAAGUUUUUAUAAAGAAAUAA